UCGAUCUUUUAUGACAAAAUAUUUAUGAAGCGGGCAGGUUGCUUGGAUUACAUUUCUGGUUAAUAUUUUCUCGAUGAUUGCGAUGAUUGCAUUGAGAAUAAUAUACCAGAACGCAUAAAAAAUUAAUAGGAUUUUAUCCGAUUGCUUGAAAGUUAUUGGAACUAAAUCACCAUACGUCAAUAUUAACAUAGCAGACAACUUAAAAUGGCGGUUGGUAGGAGGGACUGCAAAGUUGCAAGCGACUUCAUUAGCAGCCGGGAUGAAAUUUCUGGCCUACCACACCUUCAUUUUGCAUUUGCAAUCCAUAGUUUUGUGCCGAGGCGUUAUGUCGAAACACAAAAUCCUGUUGCUACACCGUCCGUUGUCGGUAAUUAUGCAGAGGGCAUGCGGAUACCACCUCUUGUUAUUCAAAAAUCUAAAAACACUUUUGAGAAAAAGAAAUUUAUUCCCGAUUCUGACGUAACAUUUCUUCACGUAAAGGAUGUUAUUGUCGACUUUCCGGAUUCUAUAGACGCUGACCAGGCUAAUUACGUCAUAUCGACAGAAAGUUGUCACGCUGGUUAUUGUAGACUUAAAAUACUCGACAACGGGAACAACGAAAAAUACGCAAAUCUUGCCAUUGACCAUAAGGGCAUUAACUAUUUAGGAAGCAAAAAAUCUGACAUGCAAUUUCGUACGAAAAUAUCAACUAACAAAAAAGCGAUUGACUCUAUGUUGUCAUCAUUGCUUAAUAAAGGUCAUGGAUUCGAUGUCAAAUUCAUGGACGUAUUUUCUGGAGUUCCAAAUGAUUCGUUCAAUUUGAAUAGAAGACCGCACACAUCUGUAGGUUUUAGUGGUAUAUUAGUUAGCGCACAGAAGGAAGAGGACAAAAACAAAGCUUCUUCCGGUUUAAUUGAAGAUGUUUAUCAAGAUGAAGUUGAUCACCAGCUAGCUUUUCAAUGCAAAACAUGGCCCCCAAUCGCUAAUGAUUGGAAAACCCGCGAAAGAACUUUUCAGUGGCCAUCUGCAGCAACAAUCGACAAAGUUUUACAUUGUCCUGUUCAUGUUGUACCUGUUUGCCACUCGUCAAGUGGAAAUGCAGAUAUUGAAUGGAAAUUGUCGUUUGCCGUUGCAGAGAAACGAUUAAUUGCAGAGGAAGUGGGCGACACACAAAGGCAGUGUUAUUUGGUAUUGUACAUGCUAUGUUUGUCAAUAAUGGCAGAAGGGGUAUUGAAAAUUUCACAUAUUCGCUCAAUUUUCUUUCACGCAUGCGAAAAUUUAGAAACGCGUAUGUGGCAUAAAAAUCCUGCUUUUUGUGUCCUUUACCUUCUAGAUCACCUGAUCAAAUCUAUAAAAAAGAAACAAUUACCUUGCUAUUUUGUAAAAUCUAACAACAUGAUGGACCAUCUAACAGAUUUACAAGUUUCACAAUUAGAAAGACGACUAACCAAUGUAAGAAGGAAACCAAUAGAAGAAUUAUUAUCUCUCGGAGAGACGUAUACAAUCUUGGACGUGUUCCCAUACAAUCUAAAUGUAAGAAAAUUAUUUGCCGCAGUUCUUGCCGAUGCAAAAUCCUAUAAAGACGUAGCACAAGCACAACAAUCAGUUGCAUAUUUCAUAAGUGCAAGCAAUGCUGUUUGUAAUGGAUUCUAUCAUGAAUAUGGUUUCGACCACUGUGCAUCCGUUUUUGAAGAUGUUAUCGACAACUUCGUUGAACCAGUUUUAGGAAAAGAAGAGGCAGUUAAUCAACGAGAUUAUAUCCCACAUUUACUGAACCAGAGGAAUAUAGAAUUCAGUAACGAUCUUCCCCCUGAUGAUAUAUGGAAACCUAUUACGUUUUGUAGAUUUCUGAUCGUUCGUUAUGUAGAGGGUAAUACUGGUGCUGGUCUUUAUGAACACUUGGCAUGCUUACAUCAUGCUGCAGCAAAUAUAUUCAAAGAGAGAAGACUGGAACUUCUGAAGACCGCUGACGUACAAUUCAACGAAGCAUUGAAACGUGAAGGUGAAGGUCAUGGUGCUGGGCUGUUUGUCGAUUAUGCACAUUUCUUAUGCACAUGUGGUCGUCACGAGGAAGCUGUUCCGCAUAUAAUGAGAGUUAUAUCAACAGAAAAAGAGAAACCGGAGUCUGUAAAUUAUUAUGGAAGGAUGGAAUCUCAUACCGUCGAUAGUUACUUGCAAAAUGAAAUAAAUACGAAUGGAGGGAUUGAAGUUUUAUCUGUUGUUUUUGCAUACUAUUUACUUGUCGAUUGUUAUAAUGUCAUGAAGAAAACAACCGAUGUAGAAAAUGCGUUGGAAGGAUUUGAAAAAGUGUGCGAACAAUGUGGAGAUCUGAAAGCAUAUAACUUAUUAGGCUAUACCUACCUCAAACUUGGAGAAAAGGACAAGGCUACGAAAACAUUCACCCGAGCGCAAAAAGAACCGUCUAAUAAAAUAGUAAAACAAUACCUUCCAAAACCACCCGCAAAGAAAGGAAAAAAUGGGCAUCGAAAAUGAUAUAGAAUAGCCUUAGAGAAAUGUGAUAUUAGUAAAUGAAUAUUAAAUUAAUAUAUUUUGAAGAAAACCAAACGUGUUGUCUAAUAAGCAAAAAAAAAAGUUGUUUUUUUUAUGAGAAAAAUCAACAUUAUUCGAAUCAACAACUACAAAAAUAUUAAUAUCAUGAAUAAUUUUUCACCUCAGUGAAAAGAAUAUUUGAUUUUCUUGCUUUAAAAUGUUUCCGCAAAACAUUUACAUACAGAGAUAUGGCCCAUUUCACAUGAUUUUAUUUCACACUAUGUCAAUUUAUUUAAAAUUCACACUAUCAUAGAUUUAAAUGUGUAUCUAAAGGUUUUACGAACUAUUUGAUAAAUUUUCAAACGUGACUAAAUUGUAAAUGCCUAUAAAUACAUGAAUAUGGCUUAAAAUACAGAUCUUGACAAACUUUGAUAAUUCAUUAAAAGGACAAUAUUAUAGUUAUGCUUUACCAAAAUUAGAAAGAAACUAAGGUCCUUCGAUUGAGAGACGUCACCAGAUAUAAAAUAUUACAUAAAACAUUAAAAAUGUGCCAUAUUGUAUUCAACAGAAAUACGUAGCGCUAAUUUAAUCGAAAAAUACUUAUAUGACAAUAUAAUUUUAUGGACGCCUCCACGAGUUGGUUGAUCGUUAUGGAAUACCGUUUCAGAAAUUAUUUCAGAUAUGUUCCUGAUGUCGUAACUACACUCUACUUCACUCUUCACUAAUGUGACCUACCUAAUUACUAUAUACCUGAUUGGUAAUAACAUAAGUAACACGACGGGUGACCUCUCGGAGCACCUGAGAUCACCCCCUGUUUGAUAAGAAUUUAAAAUAACAAUGUGAUCUUUGGAUGAGUAGCAGCCCUUAAUUUAAACUACACGAG